AGCACCCAUUAAGAUAUGUCACUGCUAAAGUUGCAUGUUUUCCUGUUUUAGCUGAAUUUUUAAAAUUGACCUACUGUGUUUGUUGUAUUUAUUUAAAAUGACAGGAUAUCAUUUACUAUUGUUCCAAUUAAUUGUAUUACUUAAUUUAAAUGCAGCAAUUUGCACUUUUUUCCAUAAGUCGAGUUAUAUAGACAUUGAGCCACCAGAAACGGGCACUGAUUUUGGUUUGACGUUGGAAUAUUUCUCUGAAAUGCAAAGUUUAGUUGUUGGUGCACCAUUCAGUGAUCAAAAUGGAAAAUUAUAUUUAUGUCCAUUAAAUGAUAAUGCAUUGCUGAACCGAAAAACGGCGUGUACCAGAAUUCCUAUAGAUAUUGAUAGGCUGGUCCAAAACCAUAGCAGAUCGCAUAGUCCUAAUCAGCGUUUCGGUCUCGGAGCAUCAAUAAGUGUUACUCCUGAAUAUAUUUUUACAUGCGCUCCUUUAGUUACAUUCGAUAUAACUCUAUGGAAUGGUACAAAAUUUGGCGCAUGCGGCACAUGCUUCAAAUAUAAUGGAGAAUCCACAAUGCGUUACCUCGGCUUGAUGGAACAGUAUGAGAAAGAUAUGAAUACUAAUAACUCUCGUUAUUCUUCAAUUGAUAUAAAUAAUGCCUAUGGAGGAGUAGGGUGGUCUACAUUCGCUGACGUCGAACAAAGAGUGAUCAUCAUAGCUAAACCUAGUGGCUUACAUAGUACGUUACACUACAUUGAUAUGGACCAACCAUCAAACCCUCCGCAGUUGGUGCAAGAUGGAAUAAACAUGGAUACGAUAAAAAAUGCAUACUUAGCAUUUAAUUAUAAAGGUACCGCAUUCGCAGCUGGAAUGUUUUUCAAAGGCUACCGCACGUUAUACGCAUUUAGCUACGAAGAUCGGAAAGUUGGUUUUAUUUCGUUUCUCACAUACAACAACACUACUAAGAAAAUGGACUUGUUGACCGUUGGGAAAAGCGGAAAGGAGAGCUUUGUGCAGAUCAAUGACAUAAGUGUUGGCUCUAUGUUCGGUUACUCGAUGCAUAGUACUAACUUUGACCGUGAUGGAUAUACUGAUUUGCUAGUGGGUGCACCCGGGUAUGGCUCCUCUGACGAAAACUAUGAAAACGGUGCCGUGCACAUAUAUUUAGGAGGCGACUUGCGCGGCAAAGAUCGGCCACAAUUGAAAACAUUACGCAUAAACAGCAUGAAAGAUGGGUCAAGAUUCGGGACUAGCAUUGCAACUGCCGAUCUAGACGGGGAUAGCUAUCCAGAAAUUUUUGUAAGCGCUCCCUUCGAAAACAGUAGCAAAGGUGCGGUGUACAUAAUUUCUGGAUACGAGGUGAACCAGAUUUUCAACAAAAAUAAUAAAAUCUAUCUAUCUGACUUGCUCAACGUUCAAAGAAUUCAGAACGAAAAAAUUGAUACAUUAGGAUUUAGCCUCAAAGCUUUGCCGGUGCCACAUUUUGAUGAACUUGGAUUGUACUUUUUGGCUAUGGGUUCUCCCGACAGCGGUAAAGUUGCGUUAUAUCGAAGUAUUCCUAUAAUUACAGUGAAUCUGAAAACAAAGCUGAGAGGAUCUGACGUUAAUAUCGUACGUGAACAAGACACAGAAUGCAUAGUAACGGUGACCGUGGAAGUAAUAUAUCCGAAGAAUCCGACACUGAUCACUGGAAAACUCUUAGUAAACACAAGCAUAGUCGGUGACGCGGUGUGGUUGAAAAAUGGUACCAAUUAUGAAAUCAUCUUGUCUGAAGUAUCGACAUCCAGUGAUGGCAUCCCAGCUUCACAUUCUACUGAUAUUGUUGUAUCUUUCCAAAACUGGAAGCCCGGGUUUUACUUGUUCAAAGCUGAGGUGCGACCAGAUAUCGAAAAUUUAAAUAGAGAAGAUUUUGAUCCAUCGCUUGUGGACAUAAGUGUAAGCAGUAACACCACGUCGGAGCUGGGCCUGAUGCGGGAGUGCGAGGGAGAAGACUGUGUGGCCAAUUUAUCUUUAACAUUUGAGUGGUCAGGCGGAAAUAAAGAUCUAUAUACCCCAGGAGAGAACGAUACUGAGACAAUGACGGUGGUGAUUCGUAACGAUGGCGGCGCGACGUUCGGAUCCUGUGCUCGUAUAAAGAUAACAGGUGCCCAGAUUGCACUUUUAGAGUGUAAAACAGACGAUGGCUGGUACAAAUGUGAUUUGAUGAACAUAGGGAGAUACACAGAAUACAGCUUACCAAUACUCUUAGAUAUGAGCAAACCGACAAACCAACACGACAACCUUCGAAUAGAAGUCCUGUUGUACAACAAAUGCACUUCACACCCAAACAAGGAGAACUACACCAAAAUUAUUAAUUACGACUUCAUGACUGAUGGCAUUUAUUUUAACAGUACACACUACAAACACGUUAUCACUGAUCUUCAAAUAGAAGACGUCGAUUCAAGCCGGUACAUUGAAAUCAUUGAAUCUUAUACGAUUACAAAUAAAGCAGAAAUGUUCUGGAGUUCGUUGCCACUGGAGAUUUAUUUAGAAGAGCAGCCAUUUAUCACAGACUAUUUAAUACAAGUCGAGUCAAUUGACUGUAAUAAGACCAUCUCAGACAGAACAUACUAUAUCUGCCCAGUGGAUCUCAAACCGGAUUCAACUAUAACAGUCAAAAGCAAUGUAACUAUAAUAAAAGAUAAAGUUGUAAAGAGUUUGAAAAACAAAAAGUUGGAAUUGAUCACCUAUUUUAAGUUGUACAUGAAACCAACUUCGAACACAAAUGAAGAUAUGUAUACAACGGACAUCGAGUAUCAAAAGACCAUAGGCCUAGAAAACAAUAAGUUCAUUGUUAUUGCUAUAUCGAUUCUGGUGGGCAUCUUUGUAAUGGCCGUCAUUGCAAUUAUUCUUUCCAAGGGGGGAUUUUUCAAGAGGGCCGAGAAAGAGAAACUUGUUUCUCUAAAGCAUGAUAUAAGAAAACAGAGCAUUCGUCGUCCGAUCAUCGAAUACGGUCAAGACGCGUCGGCUCCGAAUCUGGAUCAACUAGAAAAUUGUGGUACUGCACCCAUUAACUCAGAGUCAUCGUUUCAGUCCAGCAUCGUCGGUGUCACUCAGCGAAAGAACAUUCCAGCGACUUAGCAAAGCAGUACAUUGGCUUAUACCUAUUUGGUUCAUGAAACUGACGGGGUAGUAGGGAAGAAAGUAAGAAUAAAAAAAAAAUAAGAGAUUUCAAAGA